GUGAAGUGUGUCAUUUACAAGCACGAAGAAAAGCAUUUGGAAGAUGAGAGCGAAUUUUAUGAUGUUGUUCAUAAAAUUCUAGUGGAUAGGUGGAACAAGAACAAUACACCACUUCAUUGCUUGGCACAUGCUCUAAAUCUAAGGUAAUUACAAGUUUACAACAUAAUUUACCAUUUUUGCUAAGUCUUUAGGGCAAACACCUCUUAGUUAAUUAUUUACUUUAUAAUGUAGGUAUUAUAGUGACAUAUGGCUUGAAGAGGAUCCAAAGCGAGUUCCUCCACACAAGGAUGAAAAGGUCAUGAAUGAGAGAAAGAAAUGCUUGAAAAGGUAAUUAAAUGAUUCCAUGGAGCGUACCAAAGCCAAUGUGGAGUAUGCCAAGUUCUCAACUAAGGAGGGGUCAUUUUCCGAUGUUGAUUCUAUUGAAGAUAGAUAUAAUAUGGAUCCUCAUAGUUGGUGGGUAAUUCAUGGUGCAUCCGCCCCGAUUCUUCAAACUUUGGCCUUGAAGAUUCUCACUCAACUUUCUUCUUCUUCAUGUUGUGAGAGAAAUUGGAGUACAUACUCCUUCAUCCAUUCAUUGAGAAGGAACAAAAUGACCCCUCAACGGGCGGAGGACUUGGUGUAUAUUCAUAGUAACCUCCGUCUUUUAUCAAGGAGAAGUCCACAAUAUUGUAAUGGGGUAACUAAGAUGUGGGAUAUUGCGGGAGACCAAUUUGGCUCACUUGAUGAUAUUGGGAUGCUUGAGGUUGCAAACCUCUCACUUGAUGAACCCGAAAUGGAGGUUGUAAUCUUCACGGACGAUGGAGAUGGUGACCAAGCCAAUAGCGAUGAAGAAGUGAUGGAAGUUGGGUCUAAUUGAUAUUUGGACACGUGGCUGUUUAGUUUAUGGAACUAUGGAUGUUUUCUCUUUUGAUUGGGUUGUAUUAACUAUUAAAUCUAUGACUAUGGAUGUUUUGUUUUGCUUUAAUGGACCGAUGUUAUGAUGUAUGCAUCUAAUCUAUUAUGUUAAAACUACUAAUGGUUAGUAUUUAUGGCAAAAUAUGAAUGCUAACUGUUAAGUUGUUCAUUAUUUACAUAUUGCAAUGUAAGCAUGGAGAAAAGAAAAAAAAAUAAAAAUAAAUCAUAUAUAUAUAUAUAUUAUAUACACGUGGCGUGUCCCUCGUCGUGUCCGUAUUUUGAUUUUUUUAGAAUUGCCGUGUCCC